AUGGCUCAAUGUUUGGGUAAAGACGGACCAGGAAUGGCUGAAAAGAAGCGGAGACUUUCCCUCCCCUCCCCCACAGACUUAACCAUGUCUCAAGUGGAGAAAAAGGCGGGUCUGCUGAGGAGGACGUCCUCCUCUAAAAAACCUUUGAAGGAGAAGGUGGUUCUGAUGUACGAUGAGAUCUUUGCAAAAGAAGACCCAGCCAAAAAUAAUCCUCGCUUCUGGGACGAGCUGUUUCUGAUGAAGGUGAACCUGGAAUACCUGGAGUCCAAACUGGAGAGCGUAGAUGGGGAGGAAGUCCAGCGUAUUCAAGACAACAUCAACUCUCUGUUUCACCACUGCGUCCAGGCUCUGGGAGAGGAGCAUCAGAUCAAAGUGGUUAAUGCCCUGCAGACGCUCUGCGCUCUGUUUCGAGGGGUCCACCAGAAAAACAAGUCGGCCUCUGGCUUCGACAUCAUUAACAUGCUGAUGGGCUUCGACAAGGCCGAGCAAAGGAUGAAGGACCUGAUGGAGAGGCUGGAUUGCCUUCUUUGUGGAGACGGCUCCGAGAGUCUGAAGAGCCUUUGCCUCAAACUGCUGCUGUGUUUAGUGACGGUAACAGACAAUAUUAGCCAGAACACCAUCCUGGAGUAUGUGAUGAUCAACAGCAUCUUUGAAGCCAUCCUACAAAUUCUGUCGGAUGUUUCCAGUAGAGGGCAGCAUGGUUAUGAUGCAGUGGUUCUUCUGGCCCUCCUCGUCAACUACAGAAAAUAUGAGUCUGUGAAUCCGUAUAUUGUGAAACUCUCCAUUGUGGACGAUGAGCCAACAUUAGAUGGAAUGGGCAUGGUGGUCCACCAAGCCCUGACAGAAUAUAACAGACAAUACAAAGACAAAGAGGAGGAGCACCAGGGCGGCUUCUUCUCCACCCUCACCAGUAUGGUCGGCAGCAUGUUCAUAGCAGAUGCGGAUGAGAAGCUCUCUGUGCAGACAAAUGAGGCGAUUCUGCUGGCUCUCUAUGAGGCCGUGCACCUGAACAGAAACUUCAUCACCGUGUUAGCACAGAGCCACCCUGAGAUCGACAUCGCGGCGACGCCCGCCGUCCCGACUCCCACCACUCCCACGACUCCCCUCGGCACCACGCCGCCCUCCCUAGACAUGCUGAACAACCCCGAGCUGCCCUUGGAUCCCAACCUGCAGACCAGCAACCUGCUCAUUACCUUCCUAAAAUACGCCUCCAUUGUGAUGCAGGACACUAAAGACGAGCACCGACUGAACAGCGCCCGCCUGUGCCUGAUCAUCCUCACCUGCAUAGCUGAGGACCAGUAUGCCGAUGCCUUUCUUCACGAUGACAACAUGAACUUCAGAGUCAGCCUCCACAGGAUGCCCAUGAGACACAGGAAAAAAACUGUGGACAAAAAUAUUCCUUCUCGUCCGCUGGUGUGUGCGGUUUUAGAUUUAAUGGUGGAGUUUAUCGUCACUCACAUGAUGAAGGAUUUCCCCAUGGAUUUAUACUUGCGCUGUGUGCAGAUCAUCCACAAACUCCUGUGUUACCAGAAGAAAUGCAGAAUCAGGUUACACUACACAUGGAGAGAGCUCUGGUCAGCUCUCAUCAACCUGCUCAAGUUCCUGCUGUCCAACGAGACCACGCUGCUGGCCAAGCACAACAUCUUUCAUCUGGCCCUGCUGGUCGUGAACCUGUUCAACAUGUUCAUAACCUACGGAGACACGUUCCUGCCCACCUCCAACAGCUACGACGAGCUGUACUAUGAAAUAGUACGAAUGCACCAGGUGUUUGACAACCUCUACUGCAUGGUUUUGAGAGUAUCCACCAACACAGGCCAGUGGAAGGAGGCAGCCAGCAAAGUCACACACGCACUGGUUAACAUUCGGGCCAUCGUCAACCAUUUUAAUCCUAAAAUUGAGUCGUAUGCUGCUGUGAACCACAUCUCCCAGCUGUCAGAGGAACAGGUUUUGGAGGUGGUACGGUCCAACUACGACACGCUGACCCUCAAACUGCAGGACGGCCUGGACCAGUUUGAGAGGUACUCGGAGCAGCCAAAGGAGGCCGCUUUCUUCAAGGAGCUGGUGCGCUCCAUCAGCCUGAACGUGAGGAAGAACGUCUCUCUGAACACGCUGAGUCAGGACGUGCUGCUCAAAGAGUUCUCCACCAUCUCCUGAGACCCUCGCCUCCCUCAGGCCGACCUCUCUGUGCGUGUCAACACACACACAGACACACACGCGCGCGCAGACACACUAACCCGUUCGGCGGUUCGUCCCAUAAAUGGUCUCGACUCUUCGUCCUGUUUCCUGAGCAACGGGACGCUUUCUAAGGAAA